GAAGAAGGCGAUCAUUACAAAGUGAAAGUAGGUUUAAUUUAUCAUCGUAUUAAACACGAUAAAACAACCCCACGUUUGACAAUUGAGUUUAAAGUGAAUUAUUUAUGUUUCAUGUGUUAAAUAUCAAGUUGAAUCGAUCACUGAGCGUACAUCAUAAGUUUCUUGUGUUUGUUACAAAACCGGGAUCAGUUCGUAUUUUAGUUUUCUCGCGUCAUUAUCACGCCCCCACUGUAAAAAGGAUGCAGUGUAAACAACGUCAGCAGUUAGCUCCUUAGCUGGUCAGUCAUGGCAGUUUUUGAGACGAAGAAGCAAACAAAAGUAACUCUUGACGACACCAUUCCUUUAAAAUGCCUGGUAGAAUCCGCAGAAAAACGAGAAGACCACAUGGAAUAUUGUGUCAAAGUGCAGAGGGGUCCCAUUCCAGAGAACAGCUGGACAGUAGAUAAGAGAUACAAUGAGUUUGUGGCUCUUGAUGCAGAGCUAAGAAUAUCAAACAUUGAGCUACAACUGCCUCCCAAAAAAGUAUUUGGAAACUUUGAUAGAGAGUUCAUUGCAGAGAGGCAGCAGGGGUUACAGAACUACCUCGCCGCAGUUGCUGAUCAUCAUAUGUUAUCUAAUUCACUUUUCUUCAAAAAAUUUCUUGAUUCUACAAACUAUUCAAUCAAUAUACCAGAACUGGCAUUACAACAUGUGUCUAUGGUGUUCAGAUCAGAGAAGAAAUGGGAUGUGUUGGAACCUCUGCCAGAUAUAGGAUGGAGGAUAAGAAAAAGUUAUAUCCUAGUUAAACCAUUGGAUCAACACAAAGUUCGCCAAGUCUUAUCAUGGAGUAGCUUUGGUCCAGACAAAUAUAUUGCUGAAAAGGAACUCAAUGCUAUUAUAAAGUUGUUACCCACAAUUCAGCAUCCAAACAUCUGUCCAGUUGUGUUCUCCACAACCACUGAAAGUGGAGGACUGACCAUCAGGGCAUAUCAAGAGAAGGGAACCUUGCGUGACGCCGUCUGUAAAUGUAAACCCAAGAACCACUACUUAAAGAAGUAUGCAAGUCCCAAGUCUUGCUCAACGUUGGAACUAAAUGCAGUGAAAAUUGUUGGAAAGCAAAUUCUGGAGGCAUUGAAGUUCUUACAUGAGAAAGGAUUACCUUAUGGUCAUUUACAUGCGGGAAAUGUGGUAAUGGAGGGUGGAAACUGUCGUCUGCUAGAUCUCGAGAACUCGUUACUAGGGCUGCCAUCAUACUAUAGAUCAUUUUUCACCCAGUUCAAAAAGAUCAAUACCUGUGAGUUAAUAGACGUCUAUUGUUUUGGUCAGCUGUUGUACGAGGUGGCCUUUGGUAAACAACUCCUGGCCCCUACCUGUGACUCCCUGCCACCCUCCUCUCCCCCAGAAAUCAGAUCUGUCCUGGAGUCCAUUUUGUCCCCAGAGGCCUGUAAAGGAGGUUUGCCUACAGUCGAGGAUUUACUCUCACACCCCUUCUUUGCUGGAGUGGUACUGCCUCCUUCAGAUAAACCAGUCCUGAAAAUUCCAAGCAAGCUGAAAGAGGCCAUAAAAAGUGCUAAAGAACAGAUGGAGAAAAGAUUGAAAGAAGAACAAAAAAUUAUAAAUCAAUUGAAGAGGUUGUCUAAAGCAAAGCAAUUCCACAUGUCAGAGGAAGAGAAAAAGAAAAGGAGGAAAUCAAAAAAGAAAGCAUUGCAAGAGAAUGGUGACAUAGCGACUGAGCCAUCUGCUUCUGCAUCCAAAUCUAGUGAAUCCACCAAACCCAGUGAAUCUACAUCUAGCCAGCCACCCAAAGGUACCAGUGUGCCUGCUGCUCCUCCACCCCCAGCACCAGCUGCCCCACCCCCACCUCCGGCCCCAGGGGCACCACCACCUCCAGCCCCACCCCCUCCAGGAAACUCGGCCCCCGCUGCUGCCCCACCCCCAGCAAGAGCUGCCCUGCUGGGGUCUAUUACUGGCUUCUCAAAGAAAGGCCUUAAGAAGGCGGUCACUAAUGAUCGCAGUGCACCGAAAGUAUAGGGCCUGAUGAACAAUGGGGCCUAAAGACUCGUGUAUUCUCAGUUGUCACUUAUAGGCUUUUACUUGUGAUAAACUGCAUUUACGAAUAUUUACAGUGUAUUUUAUUUCAUUAACUAAAGGUUAUAUCAGAAAUACCUGUAUAUCAGACUCAGUGUUUAUAGUUAUACACCAUUGCUUCAGCCAUACAUUAUGCUUCAGGUAUCAAUGACAUUUUACAUUAGAGCUUUGUUUCUUGGAAUGAUAGUAUGAAUGAUGAAUGCUGUUGACAUUGUUGUUGAUAUAUAGCAUUUGAUGAGGUCAAUAGUGUAAGAUUUUUCAUUCAGAUUCCAUAGGUUGUCUUAAUGUGUUUCAUUCAUGAAAGUGUUGGAUAUCUGUCAGUGCAGAAAGAGUAUGUUGAUCAUGUUAUUUAUGUGUUUUUAAAAAGAAAUUGGUGAGAACAAAAUCAAAGUAAAGUUCUGUUAGAGAUUAAAAUUUGGAACCAUUUACUUUAAUGAAAUUUAUACAAACAUGUACAUGAAUUUAUAUAUACUCAAAUUCAAGUGUUUGUUUUUAUAGUACAGCCAUGCAUUCGAAUGUUAAUUUUUUCCUUAUUUGACUAAUAUCAUGUUAGACAUUCUCUGUUUGUUAUAGUGCUACAAAUAUGGUCAUCUAUUUUUAUUGUCUUAAAUCAUUAUAAUUUUCAAUGCGCUAUUUACUGGUAUGUUCAAAAGAAGUACAUUAUGAAAUCAUCCCCCCCCCCCCAUCAUCUGAUUGUUGUACUCUUAGCUAAUUGAUAAUUUAUAGAUUGAGAUUCAUUUUACAAGAAGUUUUUGUUGGUUAUAAGAAAUACUCACAGAGUCUUAGUUUUACUUUGCAUAGGGAACCUGUAUUCAAUAUGUUUUACAUAUGACCAAGUGUAUAAAAUAAGUGUCAUGAUAUCUUAUUUAACAAUUGGCCAAUUUCAACCAAAGUUUGAUUUGACACCUUUUAUACAACAUAAGAAUAUACUUAGAUGUAUAUCCACUUAUAUGUAUCAAACUAAAGAAAAGAAAUUCUGAAAAUCAUUCAUGCAUUAUAUAUUGUAUAAAUAUUUAUUUUUAAGAAAAUAUACCAAGCAGUACUAACCUUUAGUUACAAAUGAUUAUUCCAUCCAAUGAUAAAUUGCAAUGAAUAAACUCUCAUUCCUAGAGGCUAUCACUUUUUUUAAAACACUCAUAUCAAGAAUUGUUGUUAUUCAUGAUUUGAAUUAUUACCUACCAGGUAUUAUAAGUUGAGAUAAGAAAUGGCUUGCCCUCAAGAAAUGUGAAAUGUUAGCAAUUUAUUAAACAAAUUUUAGAAAAUGUCCAAAUCCUGCCAUUGUCUUUGAAGUUGACUGUAAUGUGCAUUAUUUUGUUAUAUACUUACUUGAUCUUGUAAAAGACCUAGUUAUACAGUUGGAUGUAUCUGGAACAUUGAUAUCUUGAAUACUAUGGACUAAAAAAAAGUCAGGAAUUCCAACCACUGUAUCUUUUUUAUUUUUAACUCCAUAUCUUUUAUCCUACAAUAUCUUGAAGUUUUCCUUGAGCCCAAUUGAAUUUGAUUGUACAUGUAUUGAUUUUGUGAACUGAUAUUUACAAUUGCCAAAAAAUAAUGAUAAAAUCAUAUUCAAAUGUACUUACCUUUAUAUCAUUGACAUGUAUUAUGAUUAAGCGCAUAAUCAUUGUAAUUGCAUCAAUUAUAUUCUUACAUAAUAUG